AUGACCGAGCGUACAAUAUUUGAAACUACGGUCGCUGAGGCCAGGUCGGCAAUUGAGCCACCCAGAAUCCAGUCAACGUCCUUGACCCCGGCUUCUCCCCAUGCAACAGCCCUGAGUGCGACAAAUUCUGAUGCAGCAGUCAGUGAUGCAUUAGCCGAUGGCUCUGGCCGGGGCUAUUCUCCAAUUUCCAUGGUGAUGAUGGUAGUCUUUAGCGGCCUCGCAAUUGGCUCCGAUGGCUUUAAUGCCUCAGUUAUCGGAAACAUCGAGUUAUUAAUGGAAGUCAUCUAUCCCCAAUCCCUAACGACCGCCGUCGCCGCCCGCCUUUCAAACGCCUUCAUGGUCGGCAUGAUCAUUGGGAUGCUAUCUUUUGGGUAUAUCUCAGACAGAAUGGGUCGCAAAACCGGGGCUAUCUUGACGACGACCAUUCUGGUUCUGGGUAUUGCUCUCAGUGCUGGUGCCAGCGGGUUAACAGAAGAUGGGAUGUUCUGGAUGCUGAUAAUUGCCCGAGGGAUUGCCGGUGUCGGAGCUGGAGGAGAAUAUCCGGUGGCCGGUGCCAGUGCAGCUGAAGCUACCGAUGAGACUGCACGCUUUCGUCGACGAAGAGGCUUUAUUUUCGCCAUGAUCGGUGAUCUCUCUGCGUCUCUGGGGUUUGCUUUUGGUGCCCUAGUGCCACUCGUCUUGCUCUUGUGCUUCCAUCAACAAGUAAGAAAUUACGAGGCUGUAUGGAGGGUCUCGCUUGCUAUGGGUGCGAUUGCACCUGUUUCCAUAUUUUGGUUUCGCUAUCGCAUGGUCAUGAGCUCUGCCUAUCGAAAGAGCUCAAUGAGGAAACAAACAAUUCCCUACUGGUUGGCCAUCAAGAAGUACUGGAGGCCGCUUCUUGGCAUGUGUGGGACAUGGUUCAUCUACAACUACAUUUCUUAUCCCUUCGGACUCUUUUCCUCCACAAUCGUGGGCCGAGUGAAUCUUUCUUCAUCAUUAGCGCUCACAAUGGCGUGGGGAACAUUGAUCAAUUGCUUUUACAUUCCAGGCGCAUUUAUUGGUGGUUUCCUGUCUGACCGAAUUGGGCGUCGACGGACCAUGGCAUUGGGCUUUAUACUUCAGGCAAUUCUUGGCUUCAUCUUGGGUGGCGCAUUGGGACCAAUUCAGACCAAGUUACCUCUCUUCACUGUUUUAUAUGGCAUCUUUCUUACGCUUGGUGAGAUUGGCCCCGGUUCCACUGUCGUCUUAACCGCAAGCGAGAGCUUCCCAACAGCCCUUCGUGGUCAUGGAGUCGGCCUCGCGGCUGCCUGGAGCAAAGCCGGAGCAGCUAUCGGUACUCAGGUCUUCAAGCCCAUUCUAGCCAUCUGGGGAGAUGAUGAGCUUCAUGGAACGCAGGCUGUGUUUUUGAUCGGAUCCGGCUUUGCCAUCGUCGGCGCUUGCCUUGCGUGGUUCGUUCUCCAAGACAGCGAUAAGAUACUUGAUCACGGCGAUCAGGAGUGGAAGGAUUAUCUUUCUGCCCAUGGCUUAACCAACAUCGAGUGGGGUGAUCACAGGCACGGCCAGCAGCUCGACCUGGAUGUUAAAUUAACUGAGUGA